CCUCGCCCCCCGCCCGCCCGCCUCGCAGUCGCAGCUCCAGCCGUCCUCGCCAUGGCCACGCCUGGGCGCCGCAAGAUGAGCACCUCGGUGGAGCUGCCGCCGCUGCGGCCCAACGCCACCUUGCCGCCGCCGCCGCUGGACUCGACGGACGAGGGUGCCACCUCCACCAGUUCCUCACGCGUCCGCAGCGUCAGCACCACCAGCACCACCACCCAUGGCUCGACGGAAGGAGAGUCGGGCAUCUCGCACUUCUCGGUGUCGACCAUCCUUGGUCUGCGCGGCAUCACCUCCUCCUCCACCACCGUCCCUGCCGCCAACGCCACGACGGAGAAGCUCAAAGGGGAGAAGGCUCGCUCCCUCCUCAAGAUGUUGAUGAGAAAUCAGAAGGUAAAUGAAGAUUCAACGCUUCACAUGUCUGCUGACAUCCAUAAUUUAAUUCCUUGUGGUGAUGUGGCAGGCUUGCUGGCAAUUAAUGUGAAACAGUGCAAAGAUUUUACCUCCAAAUUCAAUGUUAAACGUGACACCUACUUAUUGAUUCGUAUUAGUAUUGAUAAAAUUAUGAAAUGCACAAACCCCCAAUUGUACAGAACACACUUCAGGACCAGAAAAAUGAAUACAAUCUAUUUCGGAGAUGUGAAAUAUUUUUCUGUAAAGGUUCCAAAACAGAAAAGUGAUCCUAGGAAUAGGAUCGUUUUAGAGUUGGUGGGCUUUGAAGGUCCAAAAGACUUUCCAAGGCUGUUUGGGAAUGUAACUAUGCACCUUUAUGAAGUUAUUCAGAAGCAGUCCUUCACUGAAACAUGCCCUAUGAGGAUUAGAAACAUGUUGAAACUGCCAGGAACAGAUCCUGCCCAGGCUGUGGCAUAUUCCAUGUUUCUACGGGUUCCACCACCAGAAGAUAGAAAAGAUUAUUCAAGGCACUUAUACCAGACAUUAAAUUGUUCUGAUAACUUAAUUAAUAGCAUAUAUACAGUAUGUCAUGUAGUUUUAGAAUUAAAUUAUUUUUUAAAUGAAUUAGAACUGUAGAGAU